ACAAAAGGAAGUCGUGAAUGUCAAGUCUUUAGAGGUUGAAGAUUUCAUAUAUCUAUUGAAUAACAAAUAAAUCAUGUUCAUAUCUAAAACGUUCUUCUUACUGCUUUCCCUUCUUGUGUAUGCCGUUCAGGCAGUUCACUUUGACAUUCCAGCCAAGUUGAAACCCGAGAGCUUUUGUCUACGUGAAUAUGCUGGAGAAAAAACAUCAAUGAUUGUUUUCGUGAAAACAAGCGGUAACCGUGGUGAUGGUCAAACGCUCAGCAUGGAAAUCAAAGACUCUCAUGGCACUGUUCAUUCAAGUGUGCAAAGUGUCAUCGAUGAACAGCGUAUUGCCUCGGAGGUUUCUGGACCUACUGUGAUUGAUAUUUGUUUCAAAAAUACUUUGACACCAGGUGCUAUGGAAUCUGAACACAAAAAGCGUUCCGUCAAGUUAGACUUCAACAUCGGAGCCGAUGCUGAAGAUUACUCUGCUUUACAAAAAGCGUAUAACUUGGAACCUGUAGAAGCUGAUCUUCAACGUGCUAAGGCAUUUAUUAAUGAGAUUAAAGACAAAAUGUACUACUUACAAAACCGCGAAAUUAGAUUCCGCAAUACCAAUGAAAGUACAAAUGAGCGUGUUAAAAAUUUUGCUUACCUUACCUUUAUUACCUUGAUCGUAUUGGUUACUUGGCAAAUUAUUUACUUACGUUCUUUCUUCCAGCGAAAGCACCUUAUCCCUUAAAGAGCUUGCAUACAAACCGUGCAUGCAGACCUUGAUAUAGCCAUGCCGUGGUGAACCAUCUGAAAGCUUUACUUAUGCUUCUUUAUUAUUUUAUUUCAAUGCCGCCUAGAGAUGGAUUGAUUUGUCAUGAAACUGUGCAAUAACAGGGACUCAACUAUACAACGAUCUUUUAUCUUAAUACAUGCUCCAGUGAACCUGAUAAAAAAGCCGAAUGCGCUAUAAAGUAUGUAAUAAUACUAUUCAUUAAUUAAGAUUAAAAUAAUUUAAAAAAAAAAACAAAAAGGAACAAAUAGAAAUAGAAUCUUUCUAGUAGCGAAGCGAAAGAUUCAUUUGCUUCAACGACAAUAAGACUUCAAAGCAAAACAAAAUUACACCUAUAG